CAUUCACCUCUAUGUAAGCUAUAGAAACAUUUGUCAUCAUCGUAGCCAUUUUACCACCUUUUUUCCAACAUCUCUCAAUCAGCCAAAACCAGUUCACAAAAUCACUUUGUUUAUUACUCCCCACCCGCUCAGCCUGAAAAUGUCGUCCACGGAGGAAGGAGGCGGCACCGUCGGAGCAGUUUCCGCUGAUCAAACAGUCAUCAACAACCACACCAACAACGAUUCCGUCGGCAUUCAUAUACCGUGUGCGGACGUCGCUCUCGAUAGUGGCGAAUUAUCGAAUCUCCGGUCAUUAGACGAAGCUUUGGAAGGCGGCCAACCCACCUUCAGAGACAAACCAUUGAUACGAGAAGUCCCAUCUACCCUUAGCCGUAAUGAAGAUUUCAAGAAGUAUUUCAAGCCGAAAGUGGUCGCAAUCGGCCCACUCCACCACUAUGAUCCCGCCCUCCCUGAAUCCAAGAAGCUCAAGCUCAAAUUAGCAGCACAUUUCGUCAAAAAAAUUGGCAUCGAUAAGGAAUCCUUGUACAGCAACAUUAAGCAAGAGAUGGAUAGCUUGAAGGAAUGCUAUGAUCGACAGGAAUUAGAGAAGUAUAGCGACGAUAACAAGGAACUGGCUUGGAUGUUCUUCGUUGACGGUUGUACAAUUUUACAAGCAGUUUACAUGCGUUACGGUAAUGAUGAUGAUGGUAAAUUGUUUAUUAAAGACGAUUUGCUGACAUUUGUGUACUCGGAUCUGUUCUUGUUGGAAAACCAAUUACCUUUUCGUGUUCUUGAAUUGCUUACAAGCUCGGGUAAUGGCAAAAUGUUCAUGAAUGCAAUCCCAAAAGUUCAUCGACGGUACUGUUAUCAACCCAGGCGAGGACAGUGAAUGGUGGUGGAAGCGGCAAAAAGAAGGAAAGCGAAUUCACUUAUUGCAUCUACUACAAGAAAGACUCCUUCUCAGAAAAGUACGAAUACGGUGUCUUUGGUUUUGUUUUUGGAAUUCGCUAGACGCGGAUUUGGUGAAGAAGAAUCAGGAACAAAAAGAACAAAACGACACCAUUCACGCACCAUUGGUAACGUAAAAGAGCUUAAAAAGGCUGGGAUAUGGUUAGAAGCCAGCAAAACAAGUAAUUUAACCGACAUCAGUUUCAACCAUAUCUUCUUCUUUGGGAAAUUACAGUUACCGCCGAUCUCCGUUGAUGAUUCAACAAUGAACUUAAUAGCUUACGAAAUGUGUCCGGAUUUCGAGAACGAUUUCACCGUCACUUCAUAUAUGUGUUUCCUUGAUUUAUUGAUCGAUGAAGCCGAAGAUGUUAAAGACCUUAGAGACGCCGGCAUACUAUACAAUGGACUGGGGAGUGAUGAAGAAGUGGCUAAGCUUUUCAAUAAGAUGAACACUGAUUUGGUUCCUAGUCCGAUGAUUUACAGUGGGGUUAAAGAGAAAAUACAUAACCAUUGUAAGAAUAUGUGGAUUAAUCAUGCAGCUCAAGCUUAUCAUACUUAUUUUAGGAGUCCUUGGACCUUUUUGGCAUUUUUGGGUGCCUUUGCUGCACUUACUUUUACUGCCUUGCAGACUUAUUAUGCCAUGCAUCAACAAAAGUAAGUGUUCUUGACUAGUCUUUUUAUAAACUCUUGUUAUUUAUGAUAAUUUUGUAACUCCUGGAUUUUCGAUUCAAUCUAUUUAAUUUUUGGUGUUUUAAUGAAAAUUUUCUUUUAAAAAUAAAA